CACUCUUCAACAUUCUAUAAAGAACAGGAAAGAGGUUUAACUCGCGAGGUAGAAACACCAUUGGAUAGACAAAGAGGAGAAGUUGUUUCACUAAGCUUUCUCUCCAUCGUCUGUGCCUGAGCUUUUCUUCAUUCGCGUCAUUUCUUUUCUAUUUGCUACGUUUUGAACAACCACAGGGGAAACAGCACUAGUUUGCCACCGGAAGAAGCAAACCAUCAAACACAACAAGAACAUAACGACAUGACAUCUCUCACGGUUUUUCCUAAGCUCCGCCGCACUUUGACGGACGUUAUGGAGGAUGAACUAUACCACGUUCCAAAUUCACCAUAUACGCACUCCAAUAACUCCAAUACGAGUAUGUCCUCGAUACGCCACGACACUCUGCUCACGAUACCAGACUUGCCAGAGUCGCAGUCGCAGUCGCAGUCUUACACGUAUAGCAAUAGCCCCCAGCUCUCACAAGUACCUUCUAAUGACCACACCAUGAUGACCUUCAACGACCAAGAUGUGCCCGUAUUCACGUCGUAUGCGGACCCGGACUCGGUGCCCUUUACUCAACCACAGCUCUACGAAAACGAACCUCUUGUGAAGUUCAACGACGAUCUUACACUAUCGUUAUUUGAUGAGAGUGAUGGAUUGGUGAUGUGGCCACAGGAACUCCACGUUGCUGCUCAACAAGCUGAGCCACAGGCUUGGAAUGAAGAAUUAGAGGAGAUGCUCUCCGACUCUGAAGAUGAAUACUUUGACACUGAUUGGGAAGAGGAAUACGAAGGCGUUGCUGGUCCACGCUUUGGUGAGUUGAGACGUGAAUCCAUGUCUGCACCAUGUGCCAUCCGCUCAGGUAGAAUGUCCAUAACUGGAUCCGCCGGAAACGUUCCACAGUUGGCUUCUCAACAAGCAUCAAGUUUCCAAAUGAACAUGGUGAAGUCUGCUCCAACCGCUGUUGCUGGGAACUUUGGUGUCACUGCACCGGUACCUAUAGACACGGUAAAUGCAAGUACUACAAGCCCGGCAAAUCUAAUGAACACUACGAUACCAAAGGCACAAAAACCGACCGUUACAGACAAUGCUAAUAUAAAUACCAGUUCCAGACCAGCCACUGUUUCAAAGUUAACUCCAAAUCCAAAUGGUGUUGCUAAACAGUCCAAUACCAAUCAGCGCGCUGAUUUAUCAAGUUUGGUUCCAAAUGCUCAAGGAUUACACCAGUGUCAAUUGCUCAAUCCACAGACGAACGAACCGUGCCUCAAGUCAUUUUCAAGACCAUAUGAUUUGAUUAGACAUCAGGACACUAUCCAUGCUGAGAGAAAGAAGAUUUUCCGUUGCAUUGUUUGUUGCGGAUUGUACCCUCAUGCAUUAUACCCAGAUAGACCUCGUCAAGAUGAUGACGUUGAGAUGAUGGAUGUUGAUCCUUCUACAAGUACAACUUCGAACCUGAGAUCCAAAAAGGAAAAGACGUUCAGUAGAGGUGAUGCACUGAGUAGACACGUUAGAGUCAAACACGAAUUGAGUGGUGAGGAUGCAACAAGGGCCAUCCAAUGGGCUAAGGAUAACGUUGAGUAUGCUUAAGGAGAUGCAAGGUUUCUCCUUGUGUCCCAUUUUCUAUUUUAACUCAAAUAUAAGGGAUAUUGGUGUUUAGUUUUUUUUUGUUUAUUUUAGUUAUAUUAUUCUUCAUCACAUAUACUAUUUUGUUUGAAAAGACGGU